UGAGCAACACACUGCCUGCUCUCAGUGUGCUCGCCAGACACCAGGCGGCUUUAAUGGAAAGGCUGGAGCCCUUACAGGGGGUGAUGUCAUACAUUUCUCGUAGGAGAGCUGACUGCUUUUCUUGGAUGGGACUUUCUUCGUACGUGCAGUGGUAGGAGAUUAUCCGAGGUUCGGCAGCUCACAAGCAGUGGUUCCAGGGCAGCCAGGUGAAAGGCAGACUCGGACUCCGGUGCGGAGAAGAGGCAAGAACAGCACCACGAUGUUGGCCUGGGUGGCACUGAGCCUGACCCUCUCCCAGAUACCAGGGGCAUGCACGCUGCCCAAAGGAUAUACUCUCAUCAACGAGGACUGCCCAGGGGCAGAGUGGAAUAUCAUGUGUCGGGAAUGCUGUGAGACAGAUCAGAUUGAGUGCACGUGUCCUGGAAAACAGGACGUUGUGGGCUACUCUGUCCCGUGUUGCCGUAAUGAGGAAAAUGAAUGCGACUCUUGUCUGAUUCACCCAGGGUGUGUCAUCUUUGACAACUGCAAGAAGUGUAACAAUGGCUCCUGGGGAACUCUGGAUGAUUUCUACAUCAAAGGGGCUUACUGCUCUGAAUGCCACACUGGCUGGUCAGGAGGAGACUGUCUUAAAUGUGGAGCUGUAAUGAAUGCUUCAAGAGGACAUAUUAUACUAGAAGGAUAUCCCAGCAACUCUCGCUGUGAAUGGAUGGUAACAGUGAAUCCUAAUUUUGCUAUUGAGUUAAGGUUCUCCAUGCUGAGCCUGGAGUUUGAUUACAUGUGUCAGUACGAUUACGUGGAGGUCCGUGAUGGUGAUAAUGUCGAUUCCAGAGUCAUCGGCAAGUUCUGCGGGAACGAGCGUCCUCCUCCCAUUCGGACCACUGGAAACCUGUUACACGUUCUGUUUGUAUCUGAUGGCUAUAAAAGCUUUGACGGAUUUUAUGCCACAUUUGAGGAGGUUGACGCAUGCUUCUCCUCUCCCUGCUUGCAUGACGGGAAGUGUCUCCAGCUUGGACCAGUCAGCUAUCAAUGUGCCUGUCUUGCUGGGUAUACUGGCAGACGGUGUGAAAACAUGGUGAUAUGUAGGAAUCCAGUGGCCCCGGUCAAUGGGACGGUGGAAGGGGACGACUUCCGAUUUGGCUCCCUGGUCUACUUCAGCUGUGAUGCAGAUUUCCACUUGAUUGGAAGUAGUGUUGUCACUUGUCAACUGGAUGGGAACUGGAGCACCAGCGCGCCACAAUGCGUUCCAGAGAGCAGACGCUGUGCUGACCCUGGUGCACCAGUCAACGGGCAUCGACGAAUUCUCCCAGGAAGCGGGUACCUGCACCAGGGCUACGCUACCGUGGGGACCAUCGUGGAGUUCACCUGCAACUCUUUGUUUGUUCUGAGUGGUAGUCCACGGGCAAGCUGUCAGCAAGACGGGACAUGGUCAGAGAAGCAGGCAAUCUGUAAGAAAGAGAGGAAGCAUUGUGCCGUUCCUGGUGCAACACUGAAUGGUCAUUGGAGAAUUCUUCCAGGUAGUGGCCACCUGCUCCAUGGCUAUGCCACCUUGGGCACCAUUGUGCAGUUCACCUGCAAUUAUUCGUUUCUUCUGAGGGGCAGUCCGCAGGCAAGGUGCCAACAGGAUGGGACAUGGUCAGAAAAACAGCCAACCUGCAGGAAAGUUCCAGAGGUGAAGCACUGCAGCGACCCUGGUGUACCAAUGCAUGGGCAUCGAAAAAUUAUCUCAGGAAGUGGGAAAAUGCACCAGGGGUAUGCCACCUUGGGCACCAUUGUGCGCUUUACCUGCAAUUACUCAUUUGUUCUGAGUGGCAGCCCACAGAUAACAUGCCAAAAAGACGGGACAUGGACGGAAACACGGCCAAGGUGUAUUAAAGCUUGCAAGCAACCCAAGCUCCCUAACUUGGUGAAACAGAAAGUUCUGUCGACACAGCCUCAGACCAGGAGGACUCCACUUCACCGGCUACUGGCCACCAUUCUAGACAAGGAGCAGUCCCAAGUCUCACCCACGAAAGCCCCAGUACAGCAUGUCGGGAACCUCCCAUCAGGAUUCUUUCAUCCUCAUACACAGCUGGAGUAUGAGUGCAUCUCCCCCUUCUACAGGCGCCUUGGAAGCAGGAAGAGAACAUGUCUCAAAACAGGCAAAUGGAGUGGCCGAUCACCAUUGUGUAUUCCCAUCUGCGGAAAGCUGGGCAACUUCAGCCGGCAGAACCUGCCCUCGAUAGCCUGGCCCUGGCAGGCCGCGCUCUACCAGAAGGUGUCCCAGACCAGCAAUGAGAUUGUCAGCGGGCACUCCUGGUUUCUGGCCUGCAGUGGGGCAGUUCUCAACGAGCGCAGCGUGGUGGUAGCUGCCCAUUGUGUGACGGAGCUGGGCAAGGUGGCACUUAUCAACACGGCAGAUCUGAUGGUGGUCCUGGGGAAGUACUUCUACGACGAAGCCAAGCAGGAGGAGAGCCGGCAGUACCUGCAGAUUGCUGGAGUCAUUGUGCAUCCUUCCUACGACCCGGUUCUGCUGGAUUCCGACGUUGCUAUCAUCAAACUGAUGGACAAGGCGAAGAUCACCAACCAGGUACAGCCAGUGUGUCUUCCUGACGUGAAGGAUCUAUCGACCAUCAGCGCCCAGGGCUAUGUCACCGGCUGGAGGAUACAGAGUGAGCCCAAGGAGUCUGGCCGCGGCAAUGACACCCUGCGCGUGGGCACCAUCGAGAUUGGCGACGCGGUCCAGUGCGAGCAGCAGUACGAGGAGAACGGGAUCUCUGUCAGCAUCACCGAGAACAUGUUCUGUGCCCGUCAGGAUCCCCGAAGUUUCUCAAACAUCUGCCCACUGGAGACGGGAGGGGUGGCCACCUUCCCAGCAGCAGACAAGGCCGGUGAAAUGUCCACCUGGUACCUGGUGGGUCUGGUCAGCUGGGGCUACGAGAGGGAAUGCAGCCAAGAACUUUUCACCGUCUAUACCAACGUAGCACCGUUCAAAGACUGGAUCGAGAAGCACCUGAAGUAGGAAUCCCUCACGGAAGCAGCACAUGGUGAUGCUAACCGGAGGACAGGCAACUCAUAAUGGGCCUGGUUUCACAACUGCCUCCUUCGAACUUACAGCGUUGUUUAUACAAGGCAACCAAUAAAAGCACGCAACAGCUGCACCAAUCAGCACGCUUCAUCCAUCAAACACAACUACUGACUUAGUGACUUCAAUGAGUUUAAUCAGCAAUGCCUCAACCUAUUCAACUAAAUUCAUUCACAGAACAAUUAUUGGAUUCGUCUCCUACCCUUCUUCCCAUAGGAAUCAUAUUCCUUCUCCAGGGAUCUUUAACCCUGUCUACAGAGGAUGUAGUCCAUCUCCCAUGGAUCACAUUCACAUUCUGAGGGGUCACAUUCCCUCUUCCCAGAGGUCACAUUCCUUCCCCUGUACCAGGGAUCAUUUUGUUAUGUGCAUCUUCCUGAGUCCAUUGCUGUAAACCUGUCCCACCUGCCCGUAUUCUACCCAUUUCAUUGCCACCUCUUCUGAAAACUUGCUGAGAACCUUCUCACUGUUGCAUUUAUUUAACGUUUAUGUCCUCGCCAAAAUUUCAAAAUUUCUGCUCAGUAAUAUGAAAGUAAUGUAUAGUUCUUUAUCAGUCCUCCAAAAUAUUCUACAGUGGAUCACAAAAUAUGUUAUUUUAAUGUUUUCCAACCACACUCUUGCCCACACCAGCUUGACAAUGGGAUGUUAGCCUGGGCUGUGUUGUUUAGAAUAUGUACAGUGGGUUGAAUCUACAUAAUUCUGAGUUAGAGGUUAAAAUAUAUUAAAUAACCUUAACUCUGGGGUCUCCACCACUGAGUUUAAAGUAUGAGGAAUAUUAUUGGUCUGGGACUGUACUCGAUGAAGUUCAGAGGGAAAGGGGGGUGGGGGGAACUCAUUGAAACCUACUGAAUACUGAGAAGGCCUGGAUAGAGUGGACAUGGAGAGGACGUUUCCAUUAGUAGCAGGGUCUAGGAUCCAAGGGUAUAGUCUCAGAAUAACGAUCAUAUAUUUAGAACUGAAAUGAAGAGGAAUUUCUUCAGUGGAGGAUGGUGAACCUGUGGAAUUCAUUACCACGGAGAGCUGAGGACGCCAAUUCAUUGUGUGUAUUUAAGACAGAGACCAAUGUGUUCUUCAUUGAUAAAAGGAGCUAAAGGUUGGAGAAUGGGUUGUAAAAAUCAGCCAUGAUUGAGCAGAUUCCAUAGGUACAGUAGAAUGGCCAAAUUCUGCUCCUUUAUCUUAUGGUCUUCUGAGAUUGUAAACCCAAUACAAAGCAUUCAGAAAUGUCCAUCCUGAAGGAUAUGGAACACAGGAACUCAGGACAAACUUAAGACUGUUUCCACAAAUUACUUCUUUACACAAAAACUCAGAGACACUUCAAACAGCUCCACAGGUGUUGGCAUGUCUCUGAUUUCAAUGCAGAAACGCAGUGCAAAGUUAAUCCUGCUGCUCCUAAAAAUCUGAAAUGGGUAAUGGAUUUUGGAGACACACAGGCAGCUUUAAGCAUAGGAUUCACCGCCAAAGCUUUAAUUACUGCACUCCCUCCAAACUGCGGAGAGUUUCCACCCUCUUCUGCGUCAGUUUUGUUUGAGGAUUGACCAGUAGACAUGCUGUGCUCACACAUCUGGCCACACGUUUAAUGAAAUUACCUGUCGGCUUGCAAAAGCAAAGAAACAGAGGUUCAAGUAUCCAUAGAGCAUUCUCGAUUGUAGGAAGGGUCUCUCAAUGAAUCAGCGGUGUCUGUGACUUCAGUGUAUCAAAGUAAUGUCACUCCAUUCACCCUGUUAUUCAAGAUACAUUUUAUUUGAUAUAAUGUACACUGCAUCUUCUUAAAGAAUAAACCCAUACAAAACAUCAAGUAUAUGAAAUUUUGUAAUUGGUUAAUUACUUAUGUAACUAUACAGUUGUAAGUUCAAUCAGCUAUAAAUUUAAUCAAUCUCUUGGUCUCUGUUGACUGAAAUUUUCACUGCACUCGACAUCUUAGAAUAUCUGUUGCAGGAUCUGAAAAUUUCAGUGGAUCAUUUCUCCAGGUUAAGAGUUGUGUCACAUCCUGUGUUGCAUUUAUUGUCUCAACACAGUUGUUCUCAUUGUAUUGAAUACAUCAUAUUACAUACUCUGAUUCACCAUAUUUUUUUAUAUCACCUUCUGUACAAAACU